CUAGGAAUGUCAUUUGUCUGCUCCUAAACAUCCGCAUUUUUAAUGUGGUGCUUUCACUUCAGCAUUUUUUUUCAUUUGACGAAGUGUAGUUUUAAAAUCACUCUGGGUGGAUGACAACAUGUUUGCUCUAUUCUUCUGCUCUGCCAUCUUGCUUUUUGUACCUAUUGCAGAUGGAGAGCCUCUCUUCACUUAUAGUGUGUGGUGGUGUGAAUUUUAUUCCAGCAAUGGUCAUGACAUGGUGUGUAUUGUGCAGUUUUACUUUAACAAGAUGUUAAUACUACAAUAUAACAGCACAUGGGGGAAAUUCGUCGCCUACAGGCCAUAUUCAAUAAAGUAUGCAAAUGUUUUGAACAAAAACCAACAUUUUUUGAAAGAAGAAGCAAAGCUGCUACAAGAAUGCAGAUCUCGAAUUCCACUAAUAUCCAACUUGUUAUCUAAGACAGUCGAGCCCAGUGUCAAGCUGUGGUCAGUUGAAGCCGCAAGCAGCACACAUCCAGCAUUGCUCAUCUGCAACGUAUAUGACUUCUAUCCCAAACCAAUCCGAGUGACGUGGCUGAGGAAUGACAAAAAAGUGACAUCUGGAGUGACGGCCACUGUCGAGCUGUCCAAUGGGAACUGGCUCUAUCAGCUCCAAUCGUACCUGGAGUAUACACCGAUACUUGAUGAGAAAAUCGCAUGCAUGGUGGAACACGGCAGCCUCAUGGAGCCCAAGAUUUAUGGCUGGGACCCGAGGAAUGAGUCAGCAAGGAAUAAGUUCGCUAUCGGGACUGCAGGGCUGCUGCUGGGUUUGAUCUUUCCAGUUGCUGGGACAAUUUACUACAAGACGAAAUCCACUGAGCGGAUUUUGGUGCCAACAACAUAACACACUGCCUGACAGGUGAUAUAAAAGUAAAAAAUAAACACAUUGUCUGGCAUAUAAUGGCCAAAUAUCUUGAGCUUUAAGGACCCAUGAGUUCUGCAGAUCUGAGGAGCUGAGCACAAAACAGCCUCCUGUGGGACUUGAUGUAGCAAAGGGGCUUGAUCCCAAAAUGUAUCUGUGACAUAAGCUAAGAAUAAAUAAAUAGCAUUAUUGUUGAAGGCUGCUCAUCUUCCUCACUGCUGUAUUGUAUGAUGAUAGUGUAAGGUUGCUAUAUUAUUCACAGAGCAGAUAAACUAACACCCAAAUACACAUUUCUGACCCACAUAAUGUCAACAGAAACACCAGUGAAUAUGGAUCCUAUUUUCGUUAUAAUUUGUAUGUGUGUGUUUAUGGGGUGCAGAGACAACAAAUUAGUGAAAAAAAGAUAUGUCAGCGAUUGCUUGGUAUGUGCAUAGAAGAGCAUGCAUUUGAUUUUUGUCAACAAAAUUUUAAAACUGUUCAACUAAACAUAGAAGAAAGGAAAGAAAUGCUUUUGUCAUUUAUUUUAUGCUGUGUUUAUUUUUUUUUUCAAAGCUGAGCUUUUGCAGAGUGAUCUCUUGUGUAAAUGAAAGUCACGAAAUCUCAUCAAUGUGUAUCUAAAUGAGACAAAAUUUCCUUUUCCCCCAGUUUGUAUUCAAAUACCUAUUAAAACAUGGGAUGUUG